CUCACAUCGCAGACUUCCAUCUCCUGAAAUACACUACCCAUGACAACAUAGAAAAAAGAACGAGGAAAAACAAACAAAUCAAAUAACAAAAACAACGGACCCCUACUUCAUGUUCAUGUUGUGAAGGGAUUUACCAUGGUUCACUGUGCGUAAAUGCGCAAUUUAUUUGGCUGCAAGCGCUUUUAUUUGCUUGACUUUUUUCUUAAGUACUUUUGACUUGACAUCUUUACAAGGAUUUCAUCCUCCUAAGAUUAAUCAAUGUUGAAAAUGACGGAUGAACAAGACAAGUCGAUCAGCGACCCGCCGUGCAGUCCAGCCGGCACAACCAGCUCCAUGUCCCAGGAUGAAUCUGACUCGGAUGCACCAUCCUCGCCGACGGGAUCCGACGGGCACGGAUCUCUGCUGUCUGGCUUGGGAAAGAAACUGGACGGCGAGGAUGAUGAUCGCUUUCCUGCGUGCAUACGAGACGCAGUGUCGCAGGUUCUCAAGGGAUACGACUGGUCCCUCGUGCCCAUGCCUGUGAGGGGGAACGGAUCGCUGAAAAAUAAACCUCACGUCAAAAGACCGAUGAACGCGUUUAUGGUCUGGGCGCAAGCGGCGCGCAGAAAGCUGGCUGACCAAUAUCCUCAUCUCCACAAUGCCGAACUCAGCAAAACUUUGGGAAAACUUUGGCGGCUGCUCUCGGAGAGUGAGAAGAGGCCGUUUGUGGAGGAGGCAGAGAGGCUCCGUGUGCAGCACAAGAAAGAUCACCCGGACUACAAGUACCAGCCACGCCGGAGGAAGAACGUGAAACCGGGACAGAGUGACUCGGACUCUGGAGCCGAGCUGGGCCAUCAGAUGUACAAGGCUGAGCCAGGGAUGGCAGGACUGGCUGGUCUGGACGGACACCGCCACCACGAACACACAGGCCAGCCUCAUGGGCCGCCCACACCCCCGACCACCCCCAAAACAGACUUGCACAACGGGGGCAAGCAGGACCUGAAGCACGAGGGCAGGCGUCUCCUGGACAACGGCCGGCAAAACAUCGACUUCAGCAACGUGGACAUCUCGGAGCUGAGCACGGACGUCAUCAGCAACAUGGAGGCCUUCGACGUGCACGAGUUUGACCAGUACCUCCCCCUCAACGGUCACUCCGCCUCCGGCUCCGCCCUGCCCUCAGACCACCACGGCCACGGGCAGAACCCAGGGGCUUCCUACCCGUCUCCGUACGGCCACGCCGGCACCAGCGGGCCGUCCUGGAACCGCAAGGCCGCCGCCGCCAUGUCCUCCUCCUCAUCGGCCGGCGACGCGGCGCAGCACCGACCUCACAUCAAGACGGAGCAGCUGAGCCCCUCCCACUACAGCGAGCACUCCCACGGCUCGCCCUCCCACUCCGACUACGGCGGCUCCUACGGCGGCCAGUCCUGCGUGACCUCGGCCGCCGCCUCCGCCGCCUCCGCCGCCUCCGCCGCCUCCUUCUCCAGCUCCCAGUGUGACUAUACAGACCUGCAGAGCUCCAACUAUUACAGCCCCUACUCAGGCUACCCCUCCAGCCUCUACCAGUACCCCUACUUCCACUCCUCCAGGCGGCCCUACGGCAGCCCCAUCCUCAACAGUCUGUCCAUCCCCCCCACCCACAGCCCCUCUGCGCCCAGCUGGGAGCAGCCCGUCUACACCACCCUCUCCAGACCCUAGGGGCCACCCGGACGCACUGACCUGGCUAGCCAGGCAGGUACCCUGGAGUCCAGGGGCCUCCCACUGAUGCACUGCUAAUGAAGGAAGGAUGGAAGGAAUGAAGGAGGGAAGGAAUGACAGGGAGUGAGGCAGGGAGUGAGGCAGAAUGGGGGAACGUUCUAGAUGUUUGUUGUAGGUUACCUGUGCCCAUUUGAGACACGAGACAAACAUUCAAGAAGAAAAAAAGUGCCUGCUGAUUUUAUACACAGUUUUUAACCUUUCACCCCUCUGAGGACUAACCUUGAAUCAGAUAGCGAUUGCUGUGGACGGGGAACCAAAUUCCUCUGUGAGGACAUUUUUGAGGACCCCCACCCCCAAAGACUGCUCCUUCCCAGAGUCCCUCAAUCCUCCCAUCCCCCAAACCCCAUCUCUGACAAAGCCCCCUUCCAGUUCAGCACUGCUAGUGAGGAUGUGUGCCCGCUUGAGACUAAGCUGGAAGAGGAGAGAGGUUUCAAUCCAAAUCCAUGCCGAGAGCAGGCAGAAGGAUUUAGAGAUCCAUUUAUCAAUGUGCUUGUGGACCAGAAUGGUGUUUUCAUUUUAGGAGGUUGAGCUUUAUCACCGAAUAUGCACACAUUCAACCCCAUGGACCAGUCUUAAUUCAAUUAGUUUGAAUCUUAAAUGUUGUUGUUUUAUUUGGGGAUUCGAAAAGUCUUAUAUAUUUAUGUUUAUUACAUUAUUUCUCUUUUUUUGUGUUCUGUUGUUAUACACACUUAAUGUGGGAGGGGUAUAGGGGGUUUAUUCCCCUUAAUGAAAACCAGUGGAUCAAGAUACAAUUCCUCACACAUUCUUUCUUUAUUUACUUUUGACGUCAUUCCGUAGAAGAUCAAUACCAGAAAUGUCCAUUCCAAGAAAGAGGAACGAAAGCGUAGUUUCUGUGGAAGAGCAUGUGACCAGACAGGUGUCCGACCGCUAGGCUUGCCCAAUUGCGAUUAGUCAUGAUCUUGGGUGAAAGGAAGUGGGGUAAGAGAAUACCAUGCCCACCGAGUUACAUGUCAGCUGGACCUAUGCAUCGACGCAGACAGGACGAUACACAGAUGUGUGCGUGUGUGUGCUUGUUUAACAUCCGCUGUCCAUUUGAUUGACCCUUGGGGACCAAACACUCAAGACGGGGUAAGAUAGACAGUUACUAGACACAAACAGUAGAGCAAAUUACAGUUUGAGGAAGAUCUAUGCCGUUACCAUGAUGGACAGAUGUGUUACGUGUGUCUGUGUGUGUGUAUGGUGUGUGUGUGUGUGUGUGUGUUUGUGUGUGUGUGUGUGUGUGCAUGUAUGCCUGUGUGUGUGACUAUAAAUGACAAAAGGUUUUAUUUGUGUAUAUCUUCCUCACAAGCUACAAUCAGGUGCCAAGUCACUGUAACCCAUGUCUACACUUGCAAAAUGUAUUUGUGCCUUCUUCUAAUGCUCAUUUGUUACAUUUUACAUGUUACGUUUUCAAUGGAAUCAUUAACAAAACAUUACGCAGCCUACAAUCAGUAACCCACCACAUCAAAUCAAAGAGAUAAAAUGUUCAUAAUCUUCAUUGGGUGCCAUUUUGUGACCGCCUCGGUUUUCUGUUUCCUGUUUCUCUGUGUGAGCAGAAGUCUCUGCCUCACCACGUCCAGAGAGAGCAGGAUUAUUUUGAAUAUUAUUACAGUUUACCAUUGUCUAGGCUGUAUAAUAUAUUGUUGUCCAUAUUAACUACAUCAUUUACACAUGCACAGCUAACCCAUUUGCUGGCCAUUUCUGUGGAAAAAAUGAAAUAAAAGAUACUUUUUUUUCUUCAA